AUGCAUGAAUCAAGAGGAAAGCUCUUAUCCUGUGAGCUGAACCUGACUUCUCUGAGUACAGUGAGAUUUAUCUUGCAAUGGAAAAUAUUCCAUGGUUCACUUAUAUGGGAUGCUCAGACAGCCACCGCCCUUCAGUAUCCUCACUCAGCUUUCUGCAAAAACAUGUUGCAACUAAAUUCUGAGAUCCUAGUACUAUCCAUGGUAACCUCAGCCCUAUUAGUUACUUCUCUAUGGAAACACACAAAGAAGAUGCAAUGUUAUGUAGUUACGUUCAGGGAUCCUUUGAUAGUUGUUCACCUAACUGCCAUUAAAUCCAUUAUUUCUUUCUUGAUCCUGUACCUUUCCAGUUUUGUAGCUCAAAUUCUGUUGAUAUUGUCAACUUCUCAAACUACAGAUGUUGUGAAAGGUGCAGUAUCCUUAGCUGCAGCUGGGGCAUAUCCUUCCAUACACUCUAUUAUCCUGAUCAUAAUCAAUUCAAAACUGAAAUUGGCAUUCAGGAUGCUUUGCCAGCAUCUUAAGUGCCAUUUGGAAAAUAUGACUUUAUGCCUCAUAUUAUAG